UCAAUCAUUGCUCAGUUAAAUUACUAUUUUUCAUUUGAAAAUCUAUUGAGAGAUACCUAUUUGAGAAAACAAAUGAAUUCUCAAGGUUUUGUUCCAUUGAAAAAAUUGAUUGAAUUUAAUAGAUUGAAAGCUUUAACCGGAGGUAAUAUCCAAUUAUUAGAGAAUGCUUUACCAUUUUUACCAGAAAUUGAAGCCUUCGAAGGAAAGAUUAGACCUCGUGAAAAUUGGAGUAAAUGGGUUUUACCAUUUGAGCAACGUGAUGAUGCUGGAAAAGAAGAGAAUGAAAAUUUAGAACCUGAAGAACCUCAAAAAGUUUCUACAAACGUUUAA